UAGCGGCCCAAUAACACUUACUAUCAAACAAAAACAAAAACAACAGAAUCUCUCCCAUUCCCUCUCCUCGAAAACCCUAGAGCGCUCUCUCGCUAUUUCGCGGCUCGAUUGAGAUCGGAGAAUGGCGGCGAGCGAGCAUACCGUCCUACAACCAUCGUCGAUGAGCCUGUCGGCGAAAGUUCACCCUUUGGUGAUCUUCAACAUCUGCGAUUGCUAUGUUAGGCGGCCUGACCAAGCUGAGCGGGUUAUUGGCACGCUUCUCGGCUCCGUCCUACCUGAUGGUACCGUCGACAUCCGUAACUCUUAUGCCGUUCCUCAUAAUGAAUCCUCCGAUCAGGUUGCUCUGGAUAUUGAUUAUCAUCAUAAUAUGUUGUUGUCUCACCAAAAAGUAAAUCCAAAAGAAGUUAUUGUUGGAUGGUAUUCAACUGGGUUUGGAGUCACCGGUGGAAGUGCCUUGAUCCAUGAAUUCUAUUCUAGAGAAGUUCCCAACCCUAUUCAUCUUACGGUGGAUACAGGAUUCAGCAAUGGAGAGGGCACCAUUAAGGCAUAUGUUUCUGUUAAUUUAUCUCUUGGAGAUCGUCAACUUGCUGCACAGUUUCAAGAAAUUCCUGUUGAUCUUCGCAUGGUGGAAGCCGAGCGAGUUGGAUUUGAUAUCCUAAAGACUCCAAUGGUUGACAAAAUCCCUAGUGAUUUGGAAGGAAUGGAAGCCUCAAUGCAGCGGCUACUAGCUCUUAUAGAUGAUGUUCACAAAUAUGUUGAUGAUGUGGUGGAAGGGCGUGCAGCUCCAGAUAGUAGCAUAGGUCGACUUAUAUCAGAGACUGUAGCCUCCCUUCCAAAAUUUCCACCAUCAGCUUUUGAUAAGCUGGUGAAUGACAGUCUUCAGGAUCAUUUACUCUUGCUAUAUUUGUCAAGCAUCACAAGGACACAGUUAAGCUUAGCAGAAAAGUUGAACACAGCUGCUCAGAUCCUCUAAUUUAUAUCGACUGGUUGAAUUCACGGUCAAUUUUAUUGGGGGUUUUUUUUGCCUGUUUAACGCAUCAUUAAGCUUGAGGAGUUGGCCAUAAGUUUGUAUUGAUUUUGAAUAGGUAGGUUGCGCACAAUUUUAUCUGAGGUUGCCGUUGUAAUGGUUAACUCUUUCAUUAUCAUUCACUUGGGGAAGUUAAUGUUAAAUCAUCCAUUUUUGCACAUUAUUGUGAGAAUGCCAUUUCGUUAUCUAUUUUAAUUUCUA